GGCGGGCAUAGAGGGCCGGGAUCCGGAAGCGUCGCCGUGCGGCUCUGGCCCCGAAGUGGGUCCCGCGGGGAUAAAACUAGGGUCGCCGGAUCUCCAUGGCAGCGCUGCGGCAGCAAGUGUUUGUGGAAAAAGUGCUGAGGAGGCUUUUCCCUAGUGUUCCCUGUGGCCAAGAAAAGAGUGCACCCGUGACUCCAGCUUCUGACAAACCAGCCGGGAGAGAGACCGCUGAGGAGGUCCCCACUCUGACAGCUGAGGACACCAAGGCCCCACCUCGAAGGCGGUUCUACACGGCGAGUUUGCCUCCUGAGGGGUACGUCCCCGCUCUGCCAGAGCCGCGGGGCAGCCCGGCCUCCGAGGACACCUCCGGCGGCGAUGAUGCAGGAGGAGGGCGCCAGCUCUCAGAUGAGGAUCUUCAUGAUCAACCAAAGAGAAGAAGAGCAAGAAAGCAUAAAUCCAAGAAAAGUUUUAAAAAUUCCAAUAACAAUCAUGCAGAACAAGCAGAAUUAAAGAAACAGCAGAGUCUUUCACAAGAAAAACUGCAGCUACGGCCCACAGAUGGCUCCACAAUCAGUAAAAAUAAAAAGAGGAAACUGAAGAAGAAGCAGCAGAUGAAGAGGAAGAAAGCUGCCGGCUUACUGACCACAGCCUCUGGCCGCAACUUCAUGUACCAGCCCGAGGAGGGCGACAGCGAGCGAGAAGCCCUGAGAGAGAGUGAUGGGGAGGAGGCCGCGGACCACGCGGAGGAGGCCGCGGACCACGCGGAGGAUGCCGCGGACCACGGGGAGGACGCCGCGGACCACGGGGAGGACGGUGCAGACGCCAAUGAGGAAGACAUUAAAAGUACCAGUGAAAAGGCAGAUGAUAUCCUAAGCUUUCUGAAGUCAACACAAGAAAUUUAUUUUUAUGAUGGUGCCUCCAAGGAUGCAGACUCUGCUGUGUCUGUGGAAGCCAGUCAGGAGCUGUUCCAGCACCUCGAGGCUCACAGCAUGUCCCCCUCCGAUGUGCGCCUUGUGCAUCACAUGAAAACGCUGUUACUUGUGCGAGACACCGAGAGCCUGCAGCACGCCCUGGAGAGGCUCCCAGCAUGUUGCACCAUGCCGCCCGACCACGCCAGAGUGCUCUCAGCUUUCUUUAACUACUGGAUCACACACAUCCUUCCGGAGAAACACAUGAAUAAAUAGGCGCAUCUGAGAAGAGCCAACAUUUAGCAAGAAAAUAUAAAAAGGCAAACAUGCGAUCGGCAGAGACGUGAUUUGUACAAAGAAGAUAGAAUUGCCUAAAGUUUCUUUGUAACCUGAAUCCCAGGAACUUUGAAAAUAUCUCUGCCGUGUUAUUUAUUUGUGUGUUGUACACAAUGAGCAACAUGCAGUCUGCGACUUUGAGAAACUGGGAUAAAAUGGAACAUUUUCAAUUAUCGGAAAUUGCUUAUGUCUCAGAUUACUACACCGUGAUCCUGUUUUUCUGAUUCUUGUAAAAAUUGAAAAUGGACAUUCUGUUAAAUUUAAUAAACUGUAUAGUUUGAAGUUGUUAUAUAUUUUUGUAAAGUAAUAUAACCUUGUAUUUGAAAGUCUCUGUUUUAAGAACACUUUAUGGACAUUAAAUGUUCUGGUUUAGGUCGUUUGAUUCUAGUUGAAUUUAUUAUUUUCUUCCUUGUUUCCUCUUCUCUGCUUUGAGAAUAUCAAGAACAUCAUUUUCCUGGUUUGAUAUUCUCUUUCUUCAUGGUGAUAGUCACCUGUUCUCAGGAUUACUGGGUUUUAGAAACACCUGUCAGCUGACUCACACUUUAGGAGGUCAUUGACUCUGUCCAUGAAAAUAUAUUUUUUUAUUGUGGUAAAAUAUGCAUAACAUAAAAUUCAUCAUUUUAGCCAUUUUUAAGUGUACGAUUCAGUGGCAUUAAGUUAUUCGCAGCGUCGGGCACCCAUACCACUCUUCAGGCUAAACAGCAUUCCGCUAUAUGGAUAAGCCACGUUUUGUUUGCCCGCCAGCUGUUGAUGAACGUCUGGG